AUGCAACCAAUGGGUACAACGGCACAGCAAGGCGGCUCCCAGGAUCCACUGAUCGAAACAACUAUCCCGCCCUUGCUGCAUCCAACUACCAACCAUAAUAAGCAUGCGUCAUUAAGCAUUAAAGAUUGGUAUGUUCUAUGCCACUUUACUAUCGCCCAAACGAUAUGGAGUUGUUUUUUAAUACAGUUUGUUAUCCAUUGCCUAUUCUAUCUAACCCAGAUUAGUGAGGUGGCAGAGUCGCAUAAACAAACAUUCCAAGAAGCCGUGCUAACUUUACAAACUCCAUGGAAGGCAGCACCCGCCUUAAAGCAUUAUCUAAUGGCCUCCAACGUUAUCAAAUGGGCCGCCGGAGUCAUAUUUACUCUCGUUUUGUUUGGCCAGUUAAUCUAUCAAGUCACGUGCUACCCACACAGCUCCCUCUUCCUAUACGUUGCGGCCUUAUACAUUGUAGUCAUAAUUAGUGGCAUACACUACAUUGCAUACGAGCUUAUAACCUAUGCCACUCAAUCCGGUAUAAUGCAUCUCUACCGCGUCAAUGCCGCAUUUGGUGCUAUAGUAGCCAGCUUUAUCGCGCUCAUUGGGUUUAUCAUCAUGGUCUGUCUCUUCAGAUUUCCACGCAACAAUUGUCCCACUCAUUUCAAGAAGGUUGUUAACACAAUUAUCGUUUUAGCCCUCACCAUCUUCCUUUUCAUUACGUUUGGUUAUCUCCUCUGGGGUCACCGCAGUGCAUUUGACACUAUCCAAACCGACGUUAAAAUGUGGAUAGGCCACCAACUCGAGCACCCCGCCCCUAACGUAACAUUCACCGCCCCCAACUCAACUCUCAAUGCCACUAACGCAACAUCCGCCAUCCUCAACUCAACUCACAUCCCCACCACCUAA